AUGGCCCAACGGCGCGUGAUCGACCAAUUGGUCACUGGUGGUGCUAGCGGUGAGCAACAACAUGAACCCUUACCCCCUGGCCAAUCUGAACCCAUACUCUUACCUUAUACUCAAACCUCUGUUACUUCACAAGUUAUGAAUCCACCUGAAGAAGCCUUUACCUAUCCCACUCAUGGCCCACCACCUACUUAUGCACCUAACAUCCAAACUAACGCUUCUCAUGCCCAAAUUUCCCAGAAUUAUCCGCCCAUUACUAUGAGCAUGCCUUUCGAACCACAAGGUCCACAUUAUUACUCCACCGCUGAACCAUUCACCCUAGAUACCGCCGUUCAAGGGAAAGCUGAAGUUGGGGGGUCAUCUGUGCCCGUGGACCAGAAUUUACUAAAGAGAUUGGAUAAGUUUGAGGAAUUUAUAAGGAAAAGCCAAGGUUUGAGCAAGCAAGGAGGUCUAGACUACAACGAGUUGUGCCUGUUUCUGGAUAUGCAAUUGCCGGUGGGUUUCAAAGCACCUAAGUUUACCAAGUAUGACGGAACUGCCAAUCCCAAGACCCACCUUCGGAUGUUUGCAAACAAGCUGGGAAGACCAAUAGACGAUGAGAAUCUGCCUGUGCGCUUAUUUCCCGAGAGUCUGGAAGGCGACGCCUUAGAUUGGUAUGCCAAUUUGAAGCCUGAGGAUAUGAGAUCUUGGAUGGAUUUAUCGACUGCUUUUGUGAGGCAGUAUGAAUAUAAUUGCGAGCUCGCUCCGACGAGGACCACGUUGGAGGGAACUAAGAGGAAACCAUCGGAGGACCAUAAGAUGUAUGCGAAAAGAUGGAGGAAGUUGGCUGCCAAGGUGGAGCCUCCCAUGACCGAAAAUGAAAUUGUUCGCACGUUCAUCAAAGCGCAUGACCCGCCCUACUUUGAAGAGAUUUUCCGUAUGACUGGUUGUUCCUUUGCAGAGAUUGUCAAUAAGUUGGAAGAGUAUGAUGAUUUUAUGAGAGCAGGCAAGAUUGUUAAUGUUUCAGCUUUGAAGUCGCAGUUGGAAGCUAUGCGAAACCAAAACAGCAGCAGUAAAAAGUCUCAGUUUAAGAAGAAAGACGAGGAAGCUUCCUUUGUUUGGAACCAAGGUUCUUCUUCCCGGCCUAGAUACCAACAAAAUUCCGCCUACUCACCCCAUUACUUAUACCAACCGCGUCCCCGACCUGUUUACAAUACCACAAUCAACCACCCCCGUCCUCGACCAAAUUACCCAAACACACCGCCAACGCCAUUUCACAUUUCCCCACCAAACUUCCAAAUUAGACCGCACCCUCCUUUCAACCCAAGACCUAUUCCACCCUCCAACCCAAAUUACCACUAUCAACAAGCCAGUGACACCCAAAAUCCAACCCCAUACCGAACCUUCACCAAUCUAGGUCGGCCCGUUGACCAAUUGUAUGAGCAAUUGAAAGCUGCUGGGAAAAUUGGCAUUAUACCUCCUAAAACCUAUUCCAAAGGAUUUCCUAUUGGUUAUGAUCCCCAAUCAUUUUGUGCCUACCAUUCAGGAGCUCCUGGACAUUCAACUGCUAAUUGUUGGGCGCUUAUACAUAAAAUUCAAGACAUGAUCGAAUCCGGAGACAUAGUCCUGAGGAGGAGGGACGAACAAGGUCCAAAUGUUAGCAAAAAUCCUUUUCCUACACACAAGGACACCGUAGGAGUUAUUACUAGUAAUGAAGGGAUUGAGGAACCUACACAAUUUAUUAUAGAUGAAGCUGGGACAGUAAGGGUCAUUGAAGAACCGUUCAUAUUGGAGGAAGAAGCUCCUGAAAUCAAGAAAAAUACGGGUCCGUUUAUUCUGGAAAAGGUGCCUUUCGAAUGUGAGCCUUCGGAGCUUGUGGUACUUGAAUUGCCUAAGCAACCUCCUAUUCUUAAUCUACAAGAGGUCCCGUGGAAUUAUAGCGAGCCCACGCUAUUAAUUGGAGGAGAAAAGGUGCCCAGAAAGGAAGUGGACGCCAUUACUAGAUCUGGAAGAAUCAUAGGGGAACCCGCAGUUGAUGAGCCCUCAAAACCGAAAGAAAAUGUUGUUCCGACAAGACCAAUUGUGACUGAUGAAGAGACCUUCAAUUUCCUUAAGAUGCUGAAGAAAAGUAAGUAUAAGGUGGUCGAGCAAUUGGAUAAGUUGCCCGCUCAAAUUUCUAUAUUGAAUUUGCUUCUAACCUCGGAACUUCAUCGAGAAGCUUUACUCAAGGUCCUAACUGAGGCUCAAGUGCCUAAGAAUAUUUCUGUGGAUAAAUUCACUCAUGUAGUAGAACAUGUUUUGGCUUCAAAUCAAAUUUCUUUUUCUGAUGAAGAUUUGACUUCGGAUGGGAUUGGGCACAAUAAAGCAUUAUAUAUCUCAGUCCGUUGUAAUGGGAAGUUAUUGCCAAGGGUCUUGAUAGACAAUGGGUCUGCUCUUAAUAUUUGUCCUUGGAACACUUUGGUUAAGUUGGGAUUUCAGGAAGCUAAACUUCGGCCAUCUGCCAUUGUGGUGAGAGGAUUUGAUGGCGCGAAAAGGGAAUCAAUGGGGGAAGUGGAUUUGGUGCUGAAAAUCGGACUUGCCCAGUUUCAAGUUAUGUGCCAAGUCAUGGACUUCUCAAGUGUUUAUAAUGUUCUUCUCGGACGGCCUUGGAUUCAUACUUCAGGCGCUAUACCUUCUUCACUCCAUCAAAUGUUGAGAUUUGUGGUGAAUGGCCAGUUGAUUACGAUAUUUGCUGAGGAAGAUUGCACUAUGAUCAUCAAUCCUACAUCGGAAGAUGAUGGCGAUAGAAAAACUCUGGUUUCCCCUCACCAUGUAGCUGACAUUGUUUCGGUGGGUAAGGCAUCCAAGGACAAGGCGGCAGUGGAAGUGAAUUUACCCGAAGCCAGUGUUAUGAUGGCCAAGGAGCUGAUUCGAGGAGGUUAUGAAAUAGGCAAGGGUCUUGCAACCUACAAGGGGUUUUGGAGCCAAUAG